CUGGGUGGAAGAAGAGCAAAAAACGAGUCUAGCAAGGGCUGUAAACGCUUUAUUCCUCCCUGUGCUCCGCGCGGGGAGUUGGAAGGGUCUCAGGGGGCGUCCCUGCGGCCGGCAGGGCUUCUUGUUCCUUCAGGUUUGGUUGCUCUUGAGAGACGCCGUCGCCUUUACCACGAGAAAAACAAAAGACAAAACAAAGCAAACAAACAAAACAAACAAACAAAAAAUACAAAAAAUAUAUAUAAGCUGGGGGAAGAAAAAAAAAGAGCUUUCUCCCCCCUUCCCGCUCCCAUCCCGGUGCCGUGGAAGAGCCGCCAUCGCAGCCUCCGUCCUUUGGACCGUCCUUGAGGAGCCGUUUCAAACUCGAAGGAAACUGCCACUUAAAAAACAUAUUCUCCCUCUUCUUUCCCCCCUCAAAAAAACAAAGGCAGAAAGAUCCCUUUUUUUUUAAACAACAAAAGCAACUUUUUUUUUAUUUUUUUCCAUUUAGCUCGACAAAACCCCACCCCUUCAGGGUUAAAAACAACAAAACUCCCCUCAAAAAAACCCCCAUUAAGCUGAAAAAAAAAAAGUUGCUGCCUUUUUUUAAAGCCAUGACCAAAACCAAAGCUUUAAUUUUUUUGCUCUAACACCACCAAUGCCAAAAUCCCAACUUUGAAGCGCUGUCGGCGAGCAAAAUAAUUGGAUAGUAAGUGUUGAAUUUUCCACCAGCUCAAAAAAAAAAAAAAAAAGCCCCGAAAAAGCUCUUUAUUUGUACCAAAGCGAAAAAAAAAUAAUGGGAGGAAGAGCCCCAACUGUGUGCUUGAGGAGGAGGCUUUGCUAAAAGGAUCCCGGUGCCGUACAGAGUAGGACCCUGCGGGCCGCUGCUUCUUUUGUAGGGUUUUUCUGCCAUGGGCUCGGGCCCCAUCGACCCCAAGGAGCUCCUCAAGGGCUUGGACUGCUUCCUGGGCCGCGAUGGCGAGGUCAAGAGCACAGAGGGCAUCACCAAAAUCUUCAACUUGAUGAAGGACUCGCAGAAGAUGGUGAGUCGCUGUAUCUACCUGAACAUCUUGCUGCAGACGCGAGCACAGGAGAUCUUGGCUAAAUUUAUCCGUAUUGGGGGUUACAAGCUGCUCAACACCUGGCUCACCAGUUCCAAAGCCUCCAACAAUGUCCCCUUUCUGCAGCAGAUUCUCCUCACCCUGCAGCACCUGCCCCUCACCGUCGACCACCUCAAACAGAACAACACAGCCAAGCUGGUGAAGCAGCUCAGCAAAUCAAGUGAUGAUGAAGAGCUGCGUCGCCUUGCUUCCAUCCUUGUCAGUGACUGGAUGGGUGUCAUCCGCUCCCAGAGCAGCGCCCAGCCGACUGAAAGGGAUAAAAAGAAGCGAAAAGAGGAAAACAAAAGCAAAACACCCGUCCAAGAGAAGCCCCAAGAAGCCAAAUCUGAGGCUAAAACUGAGGAGAUGCCAGAGAAGAAGCGGGAGAAACCCAAAUCCCUGCGGACCACUGCUCCCAGUCAUGCCAAAUUCCGCUCCACUGGGCUGGAAAUGGAGACACCUUCAUUAGUGCCCGUGAAGAAAAUGAAUUCUUCUUCGACUGCUGAUAAAUACAACCUGAAACCGAUGCCCAUAAAGAGGCAAAAUGUCUCCUCCCUCCCUGGGGACGUUCCUGUGGCUGAGAAGAAAUACAAACCCCUGAACACGGCACCCAACGCCACCAAGGAGAUCAAAGUCAAGAUCAUCCCACCCCAACCCAUGGAAGGCCUCGGCUUCCUCGAUGCCCUCAACUCUGCUCCCAUCCCUGGCAUCAAGAUCAAGAAGAAGAAGAAGGUGCUGUCCCCUACGGCGGCCAAGCCCAGUCCCUUCGAGGGGAAACCAGCUCCUGAAACCAGUUCGGUCAAACCGUCCUCCCCGGAGCCCAGCGCCGCCUCCGAGCCGAUGGAGCCGGAUCGUCCAGGAACGCCGGUACCGGCCGUGGAAGUGCCAGAACCAAUGGAAACAUGCUCGGCGGAGGUGAGCGGUGAUGCCAAAAGCGGUGAAAACGCAACGGAAGGCGGCCAACUCACCAAAAAAGGGCGGAAAAAGAAAACGGUGAGUUGGCCAGAGGAGAACAAACUCCGUGAAUAUUUCUACUUCGAACUGGAUGAGACUGAGCGAGUUAAUGUCAACAAGAUCAAGGAUUUUGAGGAAGCGGCCAAGCGGGAGAUGCUGAAGGAUCGACACGCUUUUGAGACGGCCCGACGCCUCAGCCAUGAUGCCAUGGAGGAGAAAGUGCCCUGGAUUUAUCCCAAACUCCUGGAUCUUCCUGCUCCCCUGGUGGUGCCAGGCAGCGGCAGCCGGGAACGGUUCACUCAGGCCGAGAGGGAGAAAGGGAUCCUGCAGGAGAUCUUUCUGUCCAAGGAGAGUGUCCCAGACAGCCCGCACGAACCUGAUCCGGAAUCCUACGAACCGCUGCCGCCCAAACUCAUCCCGCUGGACGAGGAUUGCUCCGCUGAGGAGGUGGCCUAUCCCGAAGGAUUGGAAGCCGGCGCCGCUUCACCCUCGCCAGAUCCCGGGGGGGCCAAACUCCCCCCGGUACUGGCCAACCUGAUGGGGAGCGUGGGGGCCGGCAAAAGCCCCCAGGGGCCUGCGCCUGCUGCCCCCAUCAACAUGCAGGAGAUCCUCACCUCCAUCAUGGGUGGGCCCAGCACCCACGAAGCAGAGGAAUUGAUGAAACAGCCGGAUUAUUCGGAUAAAAUCAAACAUUUGUUGGGAAAUCUGCAGGCUCAGCCACCGGGCCCCAGUGGAGUGCCCCAUGGCUUGCUGGGCCCUGGCCCCAUGGCUAACGGCUUCCCGCCCGGCCCCAAGGCCAUGCAGCACUUCCCGCCGGGGGGGCCCAUGCCGGGUCCCCAUGGCGGUGGUGGCGGGGGGGGCCCUGGCCUCCCCCCAGGCCCGGGGCUCCCUGGUGGUCCCCGGCUCCUGGGGCCACCCCCUCCUCAACGUGGCGGCGGCAGCGACUUUUGGGACGGCCCGGACGGGGGGGGGACACUCCGUGGUGGCCCCCACGGUGGCGGCGGCGGUGGCGGCAUGCGCGGGGGGGGCCCCUUUCACCGCCCCCGCGGCCGCUCGGGGGCUGAACCCCCUUAUCGGUGCCGCGGAGGGGGGGGGCGCAAUGGGGGGCCCCCCAAUGGCGGCGGCGGCGGCGGCAACGCGAGGGGGGGGCCCCCCGGUAGCCACGGCGACCACGGCAGAGGCCACCCCGGCGAUCACCCCCGUGGCCACGGAGGAGACAUGUCGAGCCGCGCCGUCUGUCGCCACUUCAUGCUGAAGGGCAGCUGCAGGUACGAGAACAACUGUGCCUUCUACCACCCCGGCGUCAACGGGCCGCCCCUGCCCUAGCGCCCUUCCUCCCCCCAUCCUCCUCCUGCCCUUCCUCCACCCCCCCCCAACCCUCCUCCUCCUCUCAGACUCCGCGCUGCAGCCGCCGACUUUAUGGCUUCUGUGAGGCCUCUGGGUUCCCCCUGGCGCUGAAUUCAACCCCCCUUCCAGGGCGCAAGUACCCACCUAUGGGGUGCAAAUACCCAUCUAUGGGGCAGAAAUAUUCCCCGAGAGGCAGAAAUACCCACCUAUGGGGCACAAAUACCCACCUAUGGGGCAGAAAUACACCCCCCCUGGGUGUAAAUAUCCACUUAUCAGGAGUAAAUACCUGCUUAAGGGGUGCAUAUACCCCCCCCCUCGGGUGGAAAUGCCCACCUAUAGGACAGAAAUACCCAUCGAUGGGGAGGAAAUACCCACUUACAGGGUGCAAGUGUUCCCCCACCCCUCCCCUGGGCCUAAAUAGUCACUUCUGGGGUGUAAAUACCCCCCUAGCGGUAGAAAUACCCACCUACGGGGUGUAAAUACCUUCUUCAUGGUGGAAAUACCCACUUAUGCGGUGUAAGUACACCCCCCCGGGUGGAAACGUUAACUUCUGGGGCAGAAAUACCCACCUAUGGGGUGGAAAUACCCCCACAAGGGGCGGAAAUAGCCACCUUUGGGGCAGAAAUUCCGUCCCAUGGGUGUAAAUACCCACCUACGGGGCAGAGUUUCCUACCCAGGGUGUAAAUGUCCAUCUGUGGGGUGUAAAUUUCCCCCCGCCCCCAUCCAUUAAUAUGCAUCAAUUGGGUGUAUAUGCCCACUUACGGGGUGUAAAUCCCCCUCCCCAGGGUGUAAGCCCCCACAUGUGGUCUGUAAAUACCCACUUACGGGGCAGAAAUACCCCCCUGAGUGGGGUAAAUACCCAUCUAUGGGGGGUAAAUAUUUAUCUGUGGGGCAGAAAUACCCCCCUCUGGGGUGUAAAUCCCAGAAUUACCUUCCUAGGGGGGUAAAUACCCCUUCAGUGGGGAGUAACCACCCCCCCAACACACUAAUUUAUCCCCCGGGGGGUUAGAAUGCUGCUGCUGGGAGGUAAAUACCCCCCCCCGGGGGUGUAAGUACCCCCCCAGGGCCAAAUUGCCCCUUACAGGGUGAAUUUACCCCGGGGGGAGGCAAAUUUACCCCCCACUGGGGCAAGCGCCCGGGGGCGGAGGGGGCGUGCGGGGUUGUGUGUGUUUAACAGCCCCUGAUGGAGGGUAAUUGCCCCCAAACCUGCCCCAUGGGGGGGGAUUUUCCCCACUUGCCCCCCUGGGGGCACAACACCCCUCCCCAACCCCAAAUCCCUCUCCCCCCUUUCCCCUCCCCCCAUCUGUCACCCGCCGCCACUGCGCCGUCGAGGUGGGGGAGGGGUGGGUAUUCGAGGGGGGGAGGGGCUGCGCCGGACACUGUUUUCUGUGA